AUCAAACCCCGGCCUCCACUUUAUCCUGCUUCGAUCUCCUUUCUCUUACUUUGGGCAUUUUACGACCUACAUACAUAUGUCUCUAACUGGGUUUCUUUAAACAUAUUUCCUUGGUUGAGCAAAAAAACGUUGUAUUGUAUUCGGGGAAAUACGGCAUAGACCCUAUCUGUCGGCAAUCAUGAGUGACGCUCUUUGUGGACCAUCGAACGCGCUGCAGAAUUUCCAGAAGCAUGCCUCUGUUGACCGGACACUGCAGCAGGACAGGCUGAUAUCGCGCCAAUCGCCCUCACGUGGUUUCCGCUCUCAGAACCCCAGUGAAGGAAUACUAGACCCGGAAUUUGCUGCUUUUGAGUCAAGCAAUUCUGCUGGAGCUCCACUACCCGACGCUCAACAUGGAGGUCAUUUUAUCGCGCCAGCACCACAAAUGCCCAUGCCUCAUCCCGCGGAAGCUCCGAACUGGGCAGCGGAUUUCCAGAAUCUUCGCAUCUCAGCAUCGCCGCAACCUAUACAUCUUCAACCCGGACCAUCUGCAGCCCCCAUGUCAACAGCUCCACAGCAGGCUUGGAAUAGUGAGUUCAUGAGGCAGCAUCAGCAGCAACCAUCUGUGCUGCAACAGAACCAACCGUUUAGCCAAAGAUUUCAGCCAUCCUUUACACCGAGCUAUGCCAUGAAUAGUUCGACAAUGGGUAAUUAUGUGCCUGCACAAGAAGCUGUAGCCGGCAAAACCUCGGCGGUGGACGCAUUUGAUGAAUCUGCUUUCGAAGCUGCAUUCGAGCAAGCCAAAGCAGAUAUGACAUCUCAGUUUGAAGCUUCAGCAGUCGAUACAGACGUUGGUGAGGUCAACUUGGAUAACAAGAGCUCUCCCGAAGAGAUAUCAUUGCAGCCAACAGACCAGGAGACAAUACGAAUUGGAUCGGACACGAUCCCACAAGUCGAUAGGGACGAUCCUCAAAUGGCAGCAAAUGACGCAGACGAGCUUGCCCGGACCGCGGGACAUCUAUUGAAUAGCGUCAGCCAUGAGACCAAUCAGAAGUUCCGAGAAAGCAAUUUCUUAGCAUUGAUGCGGCGCAUUCGGGACCGUGAGGUUCAGGUUGAAGGGGAUGAAUUUCGCGAAACCGCACAGUCUCUACAUCCCGGUGGCGAAUAUUACCCGGAGGGCAAGCGGCAGCAGGAACUUGAGGAAAAGCGAUCUUGGAAGCCUAUCGGGCAAUCUGAUUACGUUCAUGUUGCAUCCAACGAAAAUAGUAUCGAUUCAGAACGUCUGGCAGCUCGCGGAGCAAGCAAUGCGGAUACAGAUUUACCCAAUACCGCACCCACCAGCAGUUCCCAACUUGGAAAUGCGGCCUAUGAUUCACUCUAUGCAAGCUGGAAUCAUGGAGAUCGGUGGGCUUAGAUGAAUUCUGUCUUUAUGCUUAUACCCAAUAGUUUGGUGUUUGUAAGUCAGCGCGAGCGGUGUUUACUUAUUGCAUAGACAAUUGCAAUUGCAUAGAAUAUUUACCAUUACACAGACAGUUCUGAAUUGUGGUGCAUGCUAUUGAUGGUUAACAGUGCACGUGAUCCCUAUUCAUGAGCAAGAACAAUCGGAGCUUCUCAAUAAUAAGCAAUUGAAGACCUUGAUUUGAUUGUUGCCAGCCACUCGCCUAUUGAGAUGGGCUGGGCUCAUUCUAAUUCUACUGUUAUUUUUCUAUUUUCCUUUUUUCCUGUUACCAUUGUUUUGCUAAGCACACCACCUUUUGAGCCUGGCAAGGAUCAUCCAUGGAUGUUGCACACAUAUAUAUAGCCAGCUACCUAUCUCCGUUUAUCUAGAGUGAUAAUUUCCAUGGUUACCCUGAC